GUAAAAUGAGCCCCGAUUGAAAUCUCUAUCUUAAAAAUUAAAUACGAACUCAUACCUAUAUAAGACAAGUAUUUUAUUUUUGAAUGUGCAAUAUUUGUCCUCUCUGUUAUAUGAAUCUGAAUCCGAGCUCCGUUCUCAUUAUAUGGCAAAUCACAUCAUUUGGCUUAUUACACGACAUUUGAAGCUCUAAAACGACAAUUUAAUUUCAAGGUCCAUAGAUAUACAAGUAGUACGAUUGGUAUAUAAGUAUUGGGUACACGCUCCUGUUUAGUCUUUGUGAAACAAUCCAGUUUAGGUACAUCGAAUAAUGCUUAGUGUCUAUUUGAUCACCAAACACAUUUAAUUUCUUAAUAAAAUGUUAAAUAUUGGCGAACGGCGUUCCGGUUUUCGCCAGAGACCCGCUGGAUUUAUUCAAGACUUUGAUGAGCUCCGAAACCAAUGCUUAAAACAAAAAAUACUAUUUAAAGAUCCAGAAUUUGAUACAUACGAUUUAUCUGUAUUUCACAAAAAUCUCCAAAAAAAUCAGCUUGAGUGGCGGAGACCAAAAGAAAUUACAAAUGAUCCCAAAUUUUUCGUGCAAGGAGCUUCAAGAUUUGAUGUAAGGCAAGGAAAAUUAGGUGACUGUUGGUUAGUAGCCGCUAUAGCGGCUAUGACUUUGAACAAAGAAGUAUUUUGUAACGUAGUGCCAAAUGAUCAAGGAUUUGGUAAUACAUAUGCUGGUAUAUUUCACUUCAAAUUUUGGCAGUAUGGUACAUGGAUUAACGUGGUUGUCGACGAUCGUUUACCGACUUCUGGAGGAGAGUUAUUAUUUGUUAAAUCAUCAACCAAAAAUGAAUUCUGGAGUGCUCUGUUGGAGAAAGCUUAUGCCAAAAUCCAGGGUUCAUACGAAGCUUUGGACGGAGGUCUCACAAACGAGGCUAUGGAAGCUUUCACUGGAGGUGUAUCAGAAAUGUACGAAUUAGAUCAAGGAAAAACCAGUUUGUUUACAACUAUGCUAAAUUCUUUUCAACAACAAUCACUCAUGUGUGGUAGAAUAUACCCUACAAAAUUGCCUAAUCCAGAAGACAAAGGAAUAUUCAGAAAACAUGCGUACAGUAUUACUAAGGUAAUUUAUAUACCUGAAACAAAUAAUGCUAGUAAUAUACCUUUGAUUAGACUUCGAAAUCCUUGGGGUAAAGUUGAAUGGAACGGCCGUUGGAGUGACAAAUCAGAUGAGUGGUUCACUAUACCUCCACAAUUACAACAAUCAAUAGGUCUCAUAAAAGAAGAUGAUGGCGAGUUUUGGAUGUCUUACAAAGAUUUUGCCAAAUAUUUCUCUGCAGUGGUAAUUUGUCAUUUAGCUCCUGACUAUAUAGACAGGGAACAACAAGGAGCAGGAGGGCCAAAAAAAUGGGAUCUGAGUAUAUUUGAAGGUCAAUGGGUCCGAGGCGUGACAGCCGGCGGAUGUAAUCAAUUCCAUGAAACGUUUUCAAGUAAUCCUCAGUACUAUAUAACAUUAGGAGAUCCAGAUAAUAAUAACGCUAAGGAUAUAUGUACAGUUGUUAUUGCAUUAUUGCUAAAGGGAACACGACGCAAACAGAAACAAAAAGAUAAAUCAUCAUCAUUUGGAAUUUAUGUUUAUGAUAUCAAAGAAUUGGCGCUUAACUCUAAUAAAAGUGGCGAUUUCAGUAAAAAAUUUAAAAAAUACUUCUUUAAAGUGGCUGGGAGUGACAUGGAGGUCGAUUGGAUGGAGCUUAAAAAUAUUUUGGAUUUUGCUAUGAAAGAAACUGGGAAAACAAAAUUUUCAAAUGACGUAUGUCGCUGCUUGAUUGCUAUGAUGGAUUGGGAUAGAUCAGGUAAACUAGGUUAUAAAGAAUUCCAAAGACUUUGGGUGGACAUUAGACAAUGGCAGGUUGUUUUUGAAACGUACGAUAAAAAGAACAAGGGUUAUAUCAAAGGGUUCGAACUAAGACCAGCCUUAAGUUCAGUUGGUUACCAUAUUAAAACACGAACCAUAAAUACCAUGUGUCAUCGAUAUGCGAACAAAAAAGGAUACAUAAUGUUCGACGAUUUCAUCAUGUGUGCCAUUAGACUUAAAACUACAAUAGAUAUGUUCAAAGAACAUUACACCGAAAAUAAAAAUAUUGUCUCAUUCACAUUGGAAGAAUGGGUGGAAAAAACAUUUUACUCGUAAAUUUAAACAAGAGCCAUGUGUUUUUUAGAACCUAAUAAUUUUUUUUUUUUUAAAUAAGGUUCACCAUUAUCUUGUCUAUAAUUUGGAAGUUUAGUUGUGUGUUAGACAUAACAAUUUAAUUUAUCAAGAAUUAAAUGAUAUUAUAAUAUACAAUGUUAAAUAUUUUUAUUGAUAUCUGUUUCAACUUUUAAAUGUAGAAAUAAAUCAAAUUAGCGUAUAUAUAGAUGAGUAAAAGUUUCUAGUUUGUGAAUAGUUUUUUUUAUUUUUCAAUAUUUUUAUUUAGAUAUAGAUUUAAAAUAAUAUAAAUUAUAAUAUU